GCUGCAGUGAACGGAAAAUGUUAGAUUGGCUUAAAAGAGAAAGUGUAGCUUAGCUUUAUGCUAACUGCAGCUUCACGGGCUUUACAGCAGGACGUGUUACAUAAUGUAGCCGUCUGAAGUAAGAUACUACUGAUUGUUGAGAUUUCUUUGCGACAAUUAUCAGCAAAGAAGUGGAUAGUAAUUGUUCUUACUCGGUCAGCUGACGAGUUAGCUUACCUAGCUAGCAGGCUAGCGGGGCAGGCAUCGAGAGACCCACCACCCAAAGCAUCGGAAUAAAGCCAUUGUAUCUGCUCGGAUAUCCUAUGUCAUAGAUCUGCUAGCAGCCUCUGAAAGGUGUGUGAGACCGGGCAGAUAUCACCGUUUACAGCCUGUUGUGCACGGCAGCAUUCUGAAAAGAGCAUGGUUGAAACUAGAGCAAUGACGUGUUAACCUGUUGGACCUAUUUCCUUCUUCACUGGAUUACUCAUACUCUCUGGAGCGUGCUCUCUCUCUCUCACACACACACACACACACACACACACACACCCCUAACUGUAGGCAUGGCUCAGGUUGCAUGACUGAAAAUGCAACCUUCUCAGGCCCUUAUGUAAUACACGCCGGCAUCAGUCUUGGAAUAAACAACACACAAGGAAAUCCCAAAAGUCUCCCAGCGGAAAGCUGGGCUUUGUUUGUACUUUAUAUUUUGUCUGCCAUUCUCAUAUCAGCAUUUUUGGAUUGUCUGCAGCUUUGUAGGUUAUUUUACAGUCAUUCCACUGAUCUAAACAAGCACUUGUAAGUUUCUGGUUUGUGUUCCUUUUUUUAUUAUUAUUUUUUUUUUCUCUUGUCGAUCCUUAUGUUAUUGUCUGUAGAUUUAGGCAGAAGCCUGGCUUGCAUUUUUGCCUGUAUCUUGCAGAUUGGUUGUGAGGACUACAGCUAGACUGGUCCGUCACUGCCUUUGGCCUUUUGGCCUAGAAGCAGAAUGCUUCGACUUGGUACAGAGAGACUCAAGCAUAUGCAGUAUAGCGAAGUGCAAUAUCUCUCAUGUUGAACGACUGCAGAGGAGACAUUUUUGUGUUUUCUGAGCUGGCAGAAAGAGCAACAGCUGGAAGCGAUUUCUGUGCUGUACUGACGAUGAUAUCUACUCCUCUUUCUCUGUAAAAAGCAAAAACGGGAGACACUAAAUUUAUCACUGCCCUGGUUUUUUGCUUUUUUCUUACCUAAUUCUUCAGGUUUGAUUUUCUCCUUUCAUCAGGUCAAUUUCUGUUUUAAAGCGAGACAGAGAUUAGGAAAGCUUUUAAUAAUCCUCAUAGCCCAAACUACAUUAUUUCAGUGCAAAACUUGUAUUAACUUUAAAACCCACAUCUCGAACAUUUUAUCCUCUACCUCUUAAGUUGUAAAACCAAAAGUUUUCAAUAGCACCACUCAAUUAUGUUUACUAAAGUUUAGCCUCACAGAACACUAAUUCAGCAUUUUUCUCAUCACUUUUAUGUUGCUUUUACCAAAAAAAGAAAAAAUUUGCCAUAUUUUUUUUGUUACUGGAUCGCUUUUUAUAGUUGUUUGUGUUUUAAGUUGAAAGUUAUUUUUUAAAUGACCAAAAUGGCUUUUAGAAUUUAAAACAAAGGAAACCAAGAAAAUUUGUUAACUUUUCUCAGACAAACCAUUCAUUAGGCUUUUCCCCUUUGCUGCCCUCAAAGGGUCAGGAAACGAUUGAUGGCUGUAUCUCUGUUCAGGCCUAAGUGUUGUGUGGAGUGCUUCAGUAGAGUGCAGAAAGCCUGAAUCUUGCACUUUUUAUGCAAUUUUAAAAAUAUAUAAUUCGUUACUUAUUUUAUUUGAUGCUUUUAGUUAUAACUAUGCAGACAACUAUUCAUUUCUUUAUCUUAAGUCGAGGGGGAGAAGAACUGUUACUACUCCCAUAAUUUAACCCGUUUCCUAAACACACACACACACACACACACAAACACACCUUCAAAAGGGUGGUUUCUCGGUGACGGCUCCUCCUGGUGCGUCCUGGGUAAUGCCGAGUAGCAGUAAGAGUGGGGGUUUGUCUGACCCCGCCUCCCCUCCUCACCCUACUGUUCCAUCUCGCCCCCUCCGGCCCAGUCGCUACGUUCCGGUGUCUGCAGCAACAGCCUUCCUGGUGGGAGCAACUACGCUCUUCUUCUGCUUCACUUGCCCGUGGCUUUCGGAGACUUUCUCAGUUGCCAUACCAAUAUAUAAUGGCAUCAUCUUCCUUUUUGUGUUGGCCAACUUCUGUAUGGCCACCUUCAUGGACCCAGGCAUCUUCCCCAGAGCCGAGGAAGAUGAGGAUAAGGAGGAUGAUUUCAGAGCGCCGCUCUAUAAGACGGUGGAGAUUCGGGGCAUACAAGUGCGCAUGAAGUGGUGUUCAACCUGCCGGUUCUACAGACCACCUCGCUGCUCACAUUGCUCAGUGUGUGACAACUGUGUGGAGGAUUUCGAUCACCACUGUCCGUGGGUGAACAACUGUAUAGGUAGGAGAAACUACCGUUACUUCUUCCUGUUCCUGCUCUCUCUGACAACUCACAUCAUGGGUGUCUUCGGCUUUGGGCUGCUCUUCAUCCUGUACCAUACACAGCAGCUUGACCGAGUGCAUUCAGCUGUCACUAUGGGCGUUAUGUGUGUAGCUGGGCUUUUCUUCAUCCCAGUAGCAGGCCUUACUGGUUUCCAUAUUGUACUGGUAGCAAGAGGCAGAACCACUAAUGAGCAGGUGACAGGAAAGUUCAGAGGAGGAGUGAAUCCCUUCACUAACGGCUGUUGGAGAAACGUGACCCGUGUUCUCUGCAGCUCCCAGGCACCCAGGUAUGUGGGCAGGAAGAGAAAAGCACAAACAGUGUCUGUUCAGCCCCCUUUCUUGAGACCGCAAAUCUCGGAGGCACAGCUAGCAGCCAAGGUGCUCGACAAUGGUAUCCAUGGAGAUCUACACCGGUCUAAGAGCAGUUUAGAGAUGAUGGAGAGUCAGUCUGCUGAUGCUGAGCCUCCUCCUCCUCCCAAACCAGAACUUAGAUACCCUGGACUGUCACGAGGACCCGCUGAAGAGAGCAGCCUGUUAAAUAAAACUCCUCCAACUCCCACCAUGUACAAAUACCGACCUACAUACAGCAGCCCAGGGAAGAACCACACCGCUCUGACGCACGCCUAUGCCAACCAGAUGAGUCGUGGGGACAGUCUGAAGGAGUCCUCUUCCUCUCUCCUCCAGUCCAGUCAGCAGCCGGGUUUCCGCUCUGAGCCCAGUCUGGAUGGCCGUGACGGAGGAGGAGGAGAGCGCAUGGGUGCUGAGCGACCCUCCGGAGGCCAAGGGGCACCAGCCCCUGGAAUUUCUGCCUAUCCCUUCGGGGGGCGCUCUUACCCCUCCUUCUCCGACCCCACUGUGCUCUCCGGAGCUGCUUCUCGCUCCUCCAGCGUGCGCUCCACCUCCCACAAUGCACCGCCCUCUGAAGUCUCCAGCCACAAGAGUUCAGCCAAUCAAACGCCUCCACCCCGCAACGGUAGCUUGUCAUACGACAGCCUUCUAACGCCAUCCGAAAGUCAAAAUUUCGAUUCUACGUCCCCCAACCCCCCGCUUGGCUACACCUCCCCAUUUCUAUCUGCACAGAUCGCCCAGCAGCGAGAGGAGGAGCUUCACCAGCCCUCCUUCUCCAGCUCUGCCCUGCUUGCUUCGCCUCACCGUGGCACUGCCUACCUGCGUGGCUCCGCCUCCCCUCCACCACUACCUGACCGAGAACGUGAAAGGCUGCUUCAUGAUGCACAGCCCCGUCAGCACCAUCACCACCACCACCAUCACCACCAGCAUCGGCCACCUCGCUUUUCCCGCCCUCCGCUGUUGUCCGAUUCAGGCCUGCCAAGGUCCACUAAUCCAUAUCGCACACGCUCCACAGAUGCUCCACUGCCCCCCUCCACACACCCACCACGUGCAGGUCACCCGCCUUUAGGCAAGUCUCUGUCUUACUCGAGUGCCGCAGCCGCUGAAAUGCAGUACCGCCUUGUGCGUAAAGCCUCCGCCUCCACCUCGGCUGGGGCAGGGGGCAUCCAGGCGCCCAAGGACGAGAUUCAGAUGAAAUCUUAUAGUCGGACAAACGGGCAGCCUAAAUCACCUCUUCCACAGUCUCCUUCUUCAACCCCGUCUUCCCUGUCUCAUCCAGUCAGUGUCUCCGCACGACCAGGACAUGCCUAUCCCAGUGUUGGCUUGUCUCAAAGCCCUGUCCACAAGCCUGGAGGUGGGGUGAAGAAGGUGACUGGUGUCGGAGGGACCACUUAUGAGAUAUCAGUUUGAGUGAUAGGCAGCCGUUUGACCAGUCCCGUGUCAACAGCUGAGCCAUGGACCUGCCUCCUCUAUCCACAUUGGUCAGGAUAGAGAAUUCACUACACUGUUGGAAAUGUCUUGAACAUAAUAGACGUUUAUUACAAAAAUUGGAGUGAAUGAAGAACUCCAGUUCCGUGCUUUACAUUUAUACAAGGGCAGAGUUUGAGAAAGCUGACCUGCUGAUGUAUGGUCAGAUAAGACGUUUUGGAGGAGGGGGAGGAGAGGUGCUUGUACAAUCCCUGGACUUCAUGAUUCGCCAUUAACGAGGAGGCGUGACACUCGAGUAUGGCAGAUGAUGGACUGCCUUGAAAAAGCAAAAUUAAUAAAAAGGUUGCAUUAUGUCAGCUGUGUAAAUCAUAGAGUGUAUGUUGUGUAAAGAGGAGAAAAACAUUAAAUAUUUCCAAAUGUUCGGACCUAAAUCAGCAAGUUUACGGCAUAUUGUUGCCAAUUUGGACCACUGUGAUUGGCUCAUGACCAUUCUACUUCAGUGCAUUAACCUAUCAGAGAAGUAAUAAUGGCUAAUGAAAUGAUCUAAAUUGUUUAUCGAGAUGAUCCAUUUUCAGAAAAGUGUUUUCAAGCAACGGAUGUGGAAAUUAGUGAGAUGUUUUUAUUUAAUUUUUCAAUCUUAUUUUAUAUGAAUUUAUAAAUAGCUAUUGAUAUGAUUAAGCAUUUUAAGAGUGGCUGAGUUGGCGCAGAGUUUAGACAGGCGCUUUGAUCCUCACAUGAUGUAUGAAGAUCAGAGUAUCUCCUCUAAACAUGCGUUACUCAAAUGCACUUUUUUUUAAACGAAUGCUAAUGAGAUUUGUAUCCAUUUUGGGUUUUUAAGCAGUCCAAUGGGUGGGGAGGGAGACUUGAUUUAUUCUGAAUUAUGGAUUCAACAAACACUCAAUGGCUGGGUUUGGGUCUCUGGGAUAAGGCAAGCCUCAGAGGCAGCCAGGUAAAUGCUAUUUAACACUCAGCCCACAAGAUGUAGCAUCUGAGUACAUGACACACAGGUAAGCACAUUUUGUGGGAUUUAUUUUCCUUGUAAAGUCUGUCUGUGAGAUAAUGUCUGCUUUGGGUUAUCAGAUACUAUUGAAGAGACUCUCUCCAAUGCCCAUGUCUAGCUGACUAAGUAUAGAAGUUUGCUGGCCAGAGAGUUGGGAAACCAGUGCACUUGGAUUGGAUUGUUAAAACAGCCAGCAAGUGACUGCUGUAGUUAUAAAACAUAAAAUGCCUUUUUUUAUUAUUUAAUUUUUACUUUUAAAAAAAUGUGGGUAUUUUGCAAGUUUUGUGUUUCAGUGAUUCCUCAAAAUGUUGGUGGCUUUGGAGUGAAAAGUAUCUCAUGUUUGUCCAAUCAGAUGGAGAAAGAAUUUCGACAGCCACAACAGCUAGUCGGUUCCAUAUGAGAAUUUAAAGGAGAAAAAAAAAAAAGGAUCAGUGUGUUGGAAGAAUAAGAAGGAAAUGGUGUACUGUAUAGCUGUGUGUGAGUGUGAGAAUGUGUCUGUGUGGGUGAAUGUGGUUGAGCAUUGUUAAUAAACACUUUAUAAACUA